AUGGACGGCGAACUCGUGGCGGUGGAACACAAGGUCUCGUUGCCGGAAGAUGCGAUAACACAGGAGGCUGUCAAAAAACUGUUUUCCCUCCCUCUGGCUACGAUCGUUACGUUGCGUUAUGGUGAUAAUGAAAAGCCAGAAUGGUGCAAGUUGGAUUCAACUGGCUCGAGGUUUUUGCUUCCGGAAGGCUGGCCAACUAUGGAGUUCGUUGUUGAUUCUCGUACACCACCACAACCAGUGAUCCGAAUCAAGGUGAUGGACGGCGAACUCGUGGCGGUGGAACACAAGGUCUCGUUGCCGGAAGAGGCGAUAACACAAGAGGCUGUCAAAAAACUGUUUUCCCUCCCUCUGGCUUCGAUCGUUAGGUUGCGUUAUGGUGAUAAUGAAAAGCCAGAAUGGUGCAACUUGGAUUCAACUGGCUCGAGGUUUUUGCUUCCGUAUGGCUGGCCAACUAUGGAGUUCGUUGUCGAUUCUUGUUUACCACCACCACCACCACAAACACGAGGGGUUUCAAAAAUUCUGAACGAUUGGGAAAAUCGUGUUUUUUGCAUUCAAGGUCGUGGUGGUAUGUUGGGAUCAUGCGUCUUAUUGAAUAAUAAGCGCAUUUUUACCGCUGCGCACAUAUCCUUCAAGCUUGGAGAUUUCUACCCAAUCAAAGGACCCGGUUUGAAGGGCAGUGUGGAUGUGCGCGUGCGCUGCGUUUUGAUUUGUAACAAACACGAUUUCGCCGUACUUGUUUCGGAUGCUCUGGAAGACCUCCCACUGUCUACAUUCGCACUGCAGCGCGGCUCUAAAUAUUUCAUGAUGGGCUAUCCGACGAACGGCGUCGAUACUUCUUGGCCGACAAUCACAAAAGGAAUCAUCGAAGGGAUGAUGGUGGAUGACAUUCAUCUAGUCGGAACACCUGGUUCGAAGCGAGGAUACUCAGGCGCUCCGGUCUUUGAUGAUUCUGGACGUUUUUCGGGACUAUUGAUCGGGGGUGCAGCAGAUGCAUUAGAUCAUGACAAAAAUCAUGAGUUACUGUGUUUAUGCUGCCCAAUUAGGUAUUACGGACCAGGAAUCCUCAAACUUUCAAUGAUGCGAUGCUUGACGAGCACAUUUGUCUCCGGCGCUCCAGUGAUCACCUCUCCACCGAUGGGCCGCGGCGCUUCUCCGCCACCACCGGGCGCUGGU